UGGGACUUCGUUGUGGGAAGGAAAUUGAGAGUGGAGGGCGGUGGCCUACUUCUGAACUAGUAGCUCCUCUUCGCGGUGGUUGGGAGUCAAUCUGACUCUAGUAAAUGCUAUCAGCACCCUCGACCUGGCUGUGUGCCAGCGAAGAGAGUUAUCCUUGACAUGAAUGCGUCUGUGCUUUCUUCACGUUGCCCACGGAGGACAUGCGACCUCAGUAAUGAGAAGGCCUUUGCUGCCUCUUCAGGGACCCUGAGACCGCAGUAGAGAAGAGGGGUGGAGGAGAGCGGUGUUAAAUUACAGUGUUUCCGUAGUGUGUGAGUGUACCGACGUUGGCAGGAAGGAGAGUACACAAGUAAAGAGUAAAGUAUUUUUAUGAAACAAAUCUUCAAUCAAGUAUAACAUUUUGAUGCUUCGCAUCUAGACUCCUUGUGCUGUCACUAUGCCAGCAGCAACUGUAGAUCAUAGCCAAAGAAUUUGUGAAGUUUGGGCUUGUAACCUGGAUGAAGAGAUGAAGAAAAUCCGUCAAGUUAUCCGAAAAUAUAAUUAUGUUGCUAUGGACACCGAGUUUCCAGGCGUUGUUGCAAGGCCCAUUGGAGAAUUCAGAAGCAAUGCUGACUAUCAGUACCAACUGUUGCGAUGUAAUGUAGACUUGUUAAAGAUAAUUCAGCUUGGACUGACAUUUAUGAAUGAGCAAGGAGAAUACCCUCCAGGAACAUCAACUUGGCAGUUUAAUUUUAAAUUUAAUUUGACGUCUGGGACUGCAUUGGGACCUGGGAAUCCAUAUUUUUGGGAGGACAUGUAUGCUCAGGACUCUAUAGAGCUACUGACAACGUCUGGCAUCCAGUUUAAAAAACAUGAGGAGGAAGGGAUUGAGACCCAGUAUUUUGCAGAACUUCUUAUGACCUCAGGAGUGGUUCUCUGUGAAGGGGUCAAAUGGUUAUCAUUUCAUAGUGGUUAUGACUUUGGCUAUUUAAUCAAAAUUCUGACCAACUCUAACUUGCCUGAAGAAGAGCUUGAUUUCUUUGAGAUCCUUCGAUUAUUCUUCCCUGUCAUCUAUGAUGUGAAGUACCUCAUGAAGAGCUGCAAGAACCUCAAGGGUGGACUGCAGGAAGUUGCUGAGCAGUUAGAGCUGGAGCGGAUAGGACCUCAACACCAGGCAGGAUCUGACUCACUGCUUACAGGAAUGGCCUUUUUCAAAAUGAGAGAAAUGUUCUUUGAAGAUCACAUUGAUGAUGCCAAAUACUGUGGCCACUUAUACGGCCUUGGUUCUGGCUCAUCCUAUGUACAGAACGGCACAGGGAAUGCAUAUGAAGAGGAAGCCAGCAAGCAGUCGUGACAGGAAAUAGUCUUCUUAUUUUUAUUUUAUACGAGUUACACACAUGCUUGUAUAUAGGUUUUAUCAUCCCUUAAAUAAUAGGCAAUACCUGCCCCUCCUUUGGUAGCCCUUCUUUUCUGCUUUCAGUAAUAAGUAUGGCCUUUCUUAGCUAUGAUCUUAAUAAAUUAAAGUACAUUCAGGUUAAAUCUGGCCUUAAUUUAAUACACCUCUUAUCAAGCUUGUGUGACAAAGCUACAUUACUGAAUAAUUUGACAAACUUUGCCUACUUGAGCUUGGUUUUGUUUUUCCCUUUCCUAAAUUAACUAGCAUUGACUGUAAUUUAUUUCCCUCUUCCGUGCCUCUCCUCCUAUUCUGCAGUACUUAUAGGUAUUUAAGAUUGUGGACCAUCAAGUUUGCACUUUAUAGAGUGAUUUCAAUCCUCUAUUUUAUCAGAAAUUGUGAUUUUUCUUGCUCUUAGCUAGAAAAAUGACCAUCCACCACCUUUUUACAGUAUUUGCUUGUUUUUGACAUUCAGAGUACAGCACGUGCAUUGUGCAAAUUGUUGAUUCAACGGGACUAACAAGAAGACAAGGAACUACUGAAGAGCCUAGUAACUACUGUUUCUGUGUGUAGUGUUUAACCUUCCGAACACAUCUCCUGUCUGUUGGUUUCUAAUUGGCAUGCAUAGGCUGCUAUGUGACUGAAGAAUUUCAAACCAGCUUUACACCCUUCAGGAAGAAGCCCUUGCGAUUGGAGGUUUCCACUCUGCCAGAAAGAAACUGGCGUUUAAGAUGUGGAACUACAGUUUUAUGACAGCAACGCUUCCCUUGACCGGCUUCCUUUUACUCCAUCACUUUUACCCUUAAUGUUUUAUUUUAUAAACAUAUUUAUGAUGUUCUUGAUUUGUUGACUACGCAAAUCAAUUUCAUUAAAGUCCAAAGAUAACAAGUCUUUAGGUACAUUUUAUAUCAAAUUAAAAAUACAAAAAAAAAUGUGAUUUCAUAAAUGCUACAAAAAUAAAUAAUGGAGAGAUUUGGUGCAAAACAACAAAAUGCAAAAUAUAUAUAUAAAUACACACAUAUAGCUAAUAAAAUUACCUGAGGAGUGUAAUGCUUGUUUAUUUUUUUGUGUAUAUCUUUGCAAUCUAUUUUAUAUAUAUUGACAAGAGACUGUGAAAUAUUUAGCCAUGCAGAAUACGUGACCACACCAGAGCAUGUGUUGGAAGAUUUUGGUGAACAUUAACUCUACCCUGAAGUGACGGACUACAAGUUGUAAUGUGUGUUAUCUACACUUCAAUCAAUAAUAUUAGAAAGUCUCCAACUGUUAGCAACACAGUUCAUUUCCCUUGUACAUUCUGUAUACAUGAUACGAAAAUGCUGUACCUGGGCGGUCCUUUUUAAACUAAACAUUAUUUGCAAAACAGAGGGUAUUAUUUGUUUUUAAAGCUUUUGUAAAUAAAGGCUUCAAGAAUGUUUUCCUAUA